GUUGACGGAAGUAGCGAGAGCGUCACAUUAAGAAACAGAAGCGCAGUGAGGGUGCGGAGACAAAAAAACUAAAAAAAAUACAAAAUGCAGAUGGAGCUUGGCGGCGGAGAGGUGCCUGCUCAUGGGCACUGACGUGAGCAGACAGAGCCACACGAAGACCACACGUGUUGUGGGGAGCAGGAGGAGAGUGUGGCGGAGCCUGGAGCAGCUUCGUGAUCAACAGACAUUAGUUUCAUUGUGUUUCUCUUCGCUCUUUCUUAAAAACACGUUUAUGCUAUUAAGGUUUUAACAUCUGUAGUUAAAAUGAUCAGGCUCAGGGUUCCAACAAUUCUGGACCUGAGUGUACAAUCAUUAUUUUUGUUGUUGUUUACAUCUUCAAGUGUCGUUUAGCUCUGACGGAGCUCUUGAUACAAGGAUUAUCAGUUUGUAAAACUAAAUGAGUUUUAGUUGUAUGUUAGAGCCAGACAAGGUUUGUUUACACUUGUAUUGUUUGUAAAAAAAAAAAAAUUUAAAAGAUGGAAAAAGUGGAUUGUAUUUUGAGUAAGAAUAAUAACAAUUAAAAAAGCAGCUGGACUUCUUUUCCAGAAUAUUAACAGACAUAUACUACGAUUUUAUAAAAUAAUUUGAAAUUAUGCUCCAGCUCAGUCAAGAGUGAGUGGGUACAGUGCCUCACUUGUCCACUGUACUUACUACUCAGCCAUGUAGUGGUUUGGGGGAAUAGAACAGUAGUAGGUGCACAUGUAAGGGGACCAGGGUCACGGUGUACUGGUGGGACUGUGUUGUGGUGGGCCGCCUGCGCCAAAAAUGCCAGGGCCGAUUUUUGGUCCCAGUCCAGUCCUGAAUGUGGCAAUUGUCUUUCUAAAUAAGUCUUACAAGUGAAAUGAUCUAAAACUUAUAUUAAACUUACAGGCUAUGAUAAAGUGAGAUUUAAAUAUGUACAGGACACUUUAUAGUGAGGAAGAGGGAGAGAGAACAGUGAGACAGACCAAACUGGGAGAGAGAGAGAGUGAGAGAGAAAAAUGGCAAAGUGUAAAGUCCAGACGAGUUGAGCAAGUGUUUGCGAAGUGAUAAAGUUCAUCGAUCAAGAUGUCAAGGAGACGUGCCAAUUUUUUUUUUACUAUGGGAUCUGGAGUCACUUUUCACCACCAGCUGGAGGGUUGUGAGUAUUUGUCUCCCAGUGGGAGUUUUCAUAGCAGAUCGACCAACGGGACUCCAGUUUCUGGGGGGGACAGAUGGAGAGCAGUUGGCUGACGUUCAUCACAACACUGUGAGUGUGAGUGACACCGCAGCCAUUCCCAGUCAAAGACAACAACUCGUGGCAACGUGUAAUACGGGAACCGUUUGAGGAAGUGGAAGAUUUGUAAGCAAGGCUGAUAGACCUGUGACCCUGACCCACAUUUUUGGAUAAGUCUAAAUAGACCUUUAUCAUGUGUGAUAUGCAAUAUACUUUAUCUUAUGAACAGAAUAGAGAGUUAAAUUUGGUGGUGUAGUGGUUUGCGCUGACGCCUCACAGCAAGAAGGUUCUGGGUUCACGUUCGGGUUUGACUCACCCAGGGCAGUUCUGUGUGGAGUUUGCAUGUUCUCCCCAGUGUAUGCGUGGGUUCUCUCCAGGUACUCCGGCUUCCUCCCACAGUCCAAAGACAAGCUGAUUGGGGUUAGGUUAACUGCAGACUCUAAAUUUAGUCUCUUAAUGUGAGAGUGAAUGGUUGUUCGUCUCUGUAUGUUGGCCCUGCGUUACGUUGGCGACCUGUCCAGGGUGAACCCCGCCUCUUGCCCAGUGUCAGCUGGGAUUGGCUCCAACCCAGCCGCGACCCUUAAUGGAUAGAGCGGUAUAGAUAAUGGAUGGAUAGAUGGAAUAGGAGCAAUAGAUCAGGGUUAUGCCUCUAGCUAAAGUUGUUAAAAGACACCUGACCCAUAUUUGACGGGUCAUUUGACUGUUAGUUGAAGUGUUGGACUUCAAAACCUGAGGAUUGAACCCACGAUUUCAAAACUCAAGCGAUGGCCCGCAACAACCUGAGGAAUUUCCCCAGAAUCUAUUGAGCUUCAUUUCUUUCAUUUUGAAAUUCUUUCCAUUGGACUUCAAAUUUUACGGAGCAUCACAACUAUGGAAACCUUGACCUUCAGACUUUGCAACAGUCCUUUAACUCAGCCCUCAGAAACUUCUAACCAGUGUGUGUGUGUGUGUGUGUGUGUGUGCGCGUGUGCAUGUGAGUGCAUGUGUGAAGAGGUAGGCAGACAUGCUGACUGACAGUAGAAAGAGGAUUUUCUGUCUGUCACCCUGUGAGAAGCUAAUCCCCAGUCUCCAGCUCUCUCUCCCCCUUCUCUCUCUCUCUCUGAUCCCGUCUCUGUUCUUCAGUCUGUUCUCUCACUCUGCAGAUCGAGCGUCCCUGGACUGAGCUGCAGGACACACACCUGAACUCGGCUGCCUCCUCUCUUCAGUGAUCCUCAGGUUACACCCCAGAUCACGUAAAACAUGGCGAACUCCUUCACCCGUAUGAUGUCUGGUCGUAACACGGCAGUGAUGUUGGCCAGCAUGGGAGCGGGCACACUGGCAUCUGGAUACCUCCUCAGUGACAACGCUGCUGCCGCUGAGAAGAGGAGGCUCUAUCCGCCCAGUGCUGAUUUCCCUGAUCUGAGGAAGCACAACAACUGCAUGGCAUCAGCCCUGACCCCAACUAUUUAUGGACAACUGAGGGACAAGACAACUCCCAACAACUGGACCCUGGACCAGUGCAUCCAGACCGGGGUGGACAACCCUGGACACCCCUUCAUCAAGACUGUGGGCAUGGUGGCUGGAGAUGAGGAGAGCUACGAGGUGUUUGGUGAGAUCUUUGACCCUGUUAUCAAGGACAGACACAAUGGCUAUGAUCCUCGCACCAUGAAACACCCCACUGACCUGGACGCUUCCAAGAUCACCUCAGGAAUGUUUGAUGAGCGCUUCGUGUUGUCAUCUCGUGUCCGCACCGGACGUAGCAUCCGUGGACUGAGUCUUCCCCCGGCGUGCUCGCGCUCGGAGCGCCGUGAAGUGGAGCGCGUGGUUGUGACAGCCCUGUCCGGCCUGAAGGGCGACCUGGCUGGUCGCUACUACAGCCUGGGAGAGAUGUCUGACAGGGAGCAGCAGCAGCUGAUUGAUGAGCACUUCCUGUUUGAUAAACCUGUGUCACCGCUGCUCACUGCAGCUGGGAUGGCCAGAGAUUGGCCUGAUGCUCGUGGGAUCUGGCACAACAACGAGAAGAACUUCUUGAUCUGGAUCAACGAGGAGGACCACACUCGGGUCAUAUCCAUGGAGAAGGGAGGAAACAUGAAGAGGGUGUUUGAAAGGUUCUGCCGAGGACUCAAACAGGUGGAGAAUCUCAUUCUGGAGAGAGGUUGGGAGUUCAUGUGGAAUGAGCGUCUGGGCUACAUCCUCACCUGCCCCUCUAACCUCGGCACCGGGCUCAGGGCCGGUGUGCACAUUCGCCUGCCCCUCCUCAGCAGGGACCAUCGCUUCAAAAAGAUGCUGGACAACCUGAGGCUACAGAAGAGAGGCACCGGAGGCGUCGACACGGCUGCUACUGGAGACACCGUUGACAUCUCUAACCUUGACCGCCUGGGCAAGUCUGAGGUCGAGCUGGUACAAUUAGUGAUUGAUGGGGUGAACUACCUGAUUGAAUGUGAGAAGAGGUUGGAGAAGGGGCAGGACAUCAAGAUCCCUCCCCCCAUCCCUCAGUUCAGGAAGUGAACGUCACCUCUGCUGGGAAUCUUGGAAUAGAGCAGGAAGCUCCAACCGCUUGGCGUUAGACUGUUGGUCUUACACGAUAUUCAUGGCAUGUACCGCAUAGCACUGUACCCACUGACAUGCACAAUAAAUUCAUUGCAUGUGCACAAAUUGUACAUACAAUAAACUCUUGAUGAAGGUACUUGUGCUCUACUCAAUCGUUCCUCCACUAAAGAGACAUUUCUCCUCUCAGCGUUCUCAUUUGGCGUGAGCCUUUGAGGGGAAAUCAUCCUGAAUUAUAGUUAAGUCCAAAGAAAUGAUAGAAAUGCGUAAAAAAAAAAGUCCUGCCCCAUUAAUCAUCACAGAGCCUGUAAUCUAAAAUCUGCUAUUUUUGUGCACAACCAGUACCUUUCAUUCUAUACAUUAAAUACAUGUAUUUCUGUUGAUACUUC